CAGCACACGCCUGUCCCACCCAGCCAUGACUAACGUACCCCACAAGACUUCACUGCCCGAGGGCAUCCGAGCAGGCAAUGUGAUGAGAAUUCGGGGUAUCGUUCCUGACAAGGCUAGCAGGUUCUAUGUGAACCUGCUGUGCAGUGACGAGAAGGACAGCGAGGCCGCCCUGCAUUUCAACCCCAGACUGGACGAGUCCACAGUGGUCUUCAACUCCCUGGAGAGGGGCACCUGGGGCACAGAGGAGCGCGGCAAGGGGAUCCCCUUCCAGGGCGGGCAGCCCUUCGAGGUGCUCCUCAUCGCCACCCAAGAUGGCUUCAAGUUCUGA